AUGGCGUCCCGGAAGCAAGGACAAGAGCAGCCAUACUCCACCCAGCAACAGUACUAUCAGUUGCACCCGGCUCAAGCGUCGCAGUUUUCACUACACACCCCCACGGACCCAAAUCCGCCAAACUCAUCUUUUCGGUCUCCCGUGAUGGACCAGCAACAACCUGUAACUGGGGUAGGACAACAAAGAUUACCACGGGUAUUUGAUGGGGACGAGUCACCUGUGGAGGAGAAUUUCAAUGAACAGUCGCGGGUUCGCGAACAGCAACUGCCUCAAGUGGUGGAGCAGGAACAGUCGUGGGUUCGCGAUCAGCAACUGCCUCAAGUGGUGGAGCAGGAGCAGCCGCGGUUAGAAUACUCUGUCCCAGAGGGUAUUGAGAAUAAUCAUCAGCCCCAAGGUCACGAACAGCAGUACCAAGACCACGAACAGCAGUACCAGGGUCACCAUCAGCAGCAGCCCCAAGGUCAAGAACAGUACCAGCAGCAGCACCAAUCGCAGCCCCAAGCACAAGAUCUGCAGUAUCAGCAAUCCUCAUCAUCACCACCUCCACCAACUGAUUACCUCCACCAGUACCAGCAAGGAUACCCACCACAUAUACCACAUACACCAGGGUUUGCACCACAAACUCUGACAUUUCCACCUCCGCCCACAUCAGAAAUCUAUCAACCUUCAGUACCAGUACCACAAUCCACAAUAAUGUCAAGUUCAGUACCUCCAGCGACGGAAACGCCGCCUCCUACAGAUCAGGGCGUGGAGUUGAUUACGAGACCGCCAGAGCCAAUUGUCGCGGCGUCAUAUACACCCGGAGUUGGAAUGGAGGGGCCGAAAACUCCGCUUUAUACACCGGGUGGCGGGAGCGGACCAAAUGGAGGGACUCAUGCGCCAGGCCAGAUUGGGCAUCCAAAUCAGCAGCAUGGGAAGGAUGAAUAUCAACAUGGGCUUUGUGAUUGCUUUGGCGAUAUUCCUACUUGCUGUAUAGGGUGUUGGUGUCCAUGCAUACUAUACUCGCGUACAAACCACAGAUUAAAAACUAUCCCCAACUCAAACCUUAAUGACUUCCACCAUUGUAAUACCCAUUGCGUUGGGUGUUGCGUCUUGGCACCAGUAUCAUGGAUAUUUACUUUUCUCCAACGUGGCCGCAUACGGGAGAAGUACCACCUCGAAGGCACCCUCAUGAGCGACUGUGGAAAGGCUUAUUGCUGCGUCAUGUGUACGCUUGUGCAAGACGAGCGGGAAGUCAGUGAUCGUGAGGAUGAAAGGAGGAGAAACGCAGGACCAGGCAGUGGUGUAGUGGGCGAGACGGGGUAUAUGAGACAGAGUAAUAUGAUCUACGGCUGA